CUCCCAACUAGCCCCGACACAGAUUGUUCCUGACUUCCUGGAGGAAACAACGGCCUCCUUCUCUUGUUAUUGGCCAAUCGGGGCCGAAAGGUGCGGCUCGCGGUCCGAGAGGGCGGGGUGUGGUUUCUUUGACCGCGCAGGCGUAAGGGAGGCCGGUGAGCGAGGAGACUAGCGAGCGAUCGAGGCAGGAGCGUUGCUUUGCGUUGCUCCCCGCGUCCGGCUUCCCCUCGAGUGGAGACUCCUUCCUCACACCCCCGCCAUGGCCGAGAGCGACUGGGAUACGGUGACGGUGCUGCGCAAGAAGGGCCCCACGGCGGCCCAGGCCAAGUCCAAGCAGGCCAUCUUAGCAGCUCAGAGAAGAGGAGAAGAUGUGGAGACUUCCAAGAAAUGGGCUGCUGGCCAAAACAAACAGCACUCCAUCACAAAGAACACAGCCAAACUGGACCGAGAGACUGAAGAGCUUCACCAUGACAGGGUCACUCUAGAAGUGGGCAAAGUGAUCCAGCAGGGCCGGCAGAGCAAGGGACUGACACAGAAGGAUCUGGCCACAAAAAUCAAUGAAAAGCCCCAAGUUAUCGCUGACUAUGAGUGUGGACGGGCCAUUCCUAAUAACCAGGUCUUGGGCAAGAUCGAAAGAGCCAUUGGUCUCAAGCUUCGUGGGAAGGACAUUGGGAAGCCACUUGAGACAGGACCAAAGGGGAAAUGAACACAAAGCCUCGAAAUCAGUUUGUUCAGACUGAUCUCAUCUGGCAGGUUCUCCUUCACCACCAGAACCAAUGUGUCUCUUCACAUUGCCAAGCUGAACACAGGGGUAUCAGACUUGUUUGGGGGAGGAACCUUCCAAAUCUAUACCUGCUGUAACAAAAACAAAAAACAAAACCUUGCAAAUUAAAUGAUUCUCCUGACUUUUUUUUCCCCCUUCCUUUUCUGAAGAUCGAGGAGCCAGAACGAAUAAUCCUCUUAAUUUUGUCAGAAAAUGUUUAUCUCUAGAAGCAGUUAUAACUUUUGGAGGCAUUGGGGCAUAUGUUGAAAUGGGAUCAAUUUAAAUUAAUGUGUUUUAAGGGGAGGGUUAGUGUGGAGGGCAUUAUAUCUGUCUGGCACCCAGGGAUCUUGCUCCCUGUUUUUGCAAAGAGUGCAAAUGUGUCACCAAUUUAAGUGACCUCUGUUCUCCCUAGCCUGCAUUUUCAAGAGAAACCAAUAAAAGUUUGUUACCCUU